GAGAUGAGGUGGGCGUGUCUUCCUCGCCACUGCUGCAUCAGUGAAUGACAUGAGGAUGUGAGAGAACAGCGGGCUGGGCAUAUGAUUUCAAAGCCUUUCUCGAGCGGACUGAUAAAUAUAUGGACCAUGAGGAAUAUAAGGACUGACUGAGGGAACGGUCUGUGCUUGAGCCCGAGUCUUCCUCCACUCUCAGUGAUGGACUAAACCAGAGCAGUGUGUGUGUGUGUGUGUGUGUGUGAGAGUGUGUAUGUGUGUGUGUCAGGAGCAUGACUGUGAGGCAGUUGCUGCUCAACUCCCAUUGAGAACACAAAAAAUGCGAGUGUGAAGCUGCAGGUCAGGCAGCACAGCCACAUGAUCCCAUGACUCUGGACAUGGACGCGGUCCUGUCAGACUUUGUUCGGUCCACAGGGGCAGAACCGGGUCUGGCACGAGACCUGCUGGAAGGUAAAAACUGGGACCUGAGCGCGGCUCUGAACGACUAUGAGCAGCUCCGGCAGGUUCACACCGCCAACCUGCCGCACGUCUUCAAUGAGGGCCGAUACUACAAGCAGACGGAGCGCAGCAGCAGCAGCAGCACACCACAGCACAGCAGCCGGCCAGAGCAGAAACAGCCAGAGGACAACACACAGGAGAAGCGUCUGUCCCGGGGCAUCUCUCACGCCAGCUCUGCCAUCAUGUCUCUGGCGCGGCUGCAGGUUUCGGGAGACUGCGCCAGAGAGCAGUUUCCCCUGGAGAUGCCCAUCUACACCUUCCAGCUGCCCGACCUGAGCGUCUACAGCGAAGACUUCCGCAGCUUCAUCGAGCGCGACCUGAUCGAGCAGUCCACCAUGAUGGCUCUGGAGCAGGCCGGUCGUCUGAACUGGUGGUCCACCAUGUGCACCAGCUGUAAGAAGCUUCUACCGUUGGCCACGACAGGAGAUGGGAACUGCCUUCUGCACGCCGCUUCUUUAGGAAUGUGGGGCUUUCAUGACCGGGAUCUGGUGCUGAGGAAGAGUCUCUACGCCAUGAUGAAGAGCGGAGCGGAGAGAGAGGCUCUGAAGAGGAGGUGGAGGUGGCAGCAGACUCAGCAGAACAAAGAGUCGGGUCUGGUGUACACGGAGGAGGAAUGGGAGAGAGAGUGGAACGAGCUGCUAAAACUGGCCUCCAGCGAGCCCCGCACACACUUCAGCAAGAACGGCAACUCCAGCGGAGGGGUGGAUAACUCUGAAGACCCGGUGUAUGAGAGUCUGGAGGAGUUCCAUGUGUUUGUUCUGGCUCAUGUCUUGCGGAGGCCGAUCGUGGUGAUCGCGGACACAAUGCUCAGAGACUCCGGCGGAGAAGCAUUUGCACCCAUCCCGUUCGGAGGUCUGUAUCUGCCGCUGGAGGUUCCUCCAAACCGCUGCCACUGUUCCCCGCUGGUGCUCGCUUACGACCAGGCGCACUUUUCUGCCCUCGUGUCCAUGGAGCAGAGAGACCAGCAGAGAGAGCAAGCUGUCAUCCCACUGACCGACUCGGAGCACAAGCUGCUGGCGUUGCAUUUUGCGGUGGACCCUGGGAGGGACUGGGAGUGGGGGAGGGAUGACAAUGACAAUGCUAAGCUGGCAAAUCUUAUUCUAUCACUGGAAGCUAAACUGAACCUUCUGCACAACUACAUGAAUGUAACAUGGAUUCGAAUUCCUUCUGAGACCAGGGCUCCCUUGGCUCAGCCAGAGUCGCCCACUGCCUCUGCAGGUGAAGAUGUACAAUCUCUGGCAGAAUCCAUGGACUCAGACCGGGAGUCUGUUUGCAGUAACUCCAACAUAAAUAAUGGCAAGACAAGUAAGGAUAAGGACAAGGACAAGCAACGCAAGGAUAAAGACAAAACACGCACAGACUCUGUGGCCAACAAACUGGGUAGCUUCAGCAAGACUCUGGGUAUUAAACUUAAGAAGAAUAUGGGUGGCCUUGGAGGACUUGUCCAUGGGAAGAUCAGCAAGUCCAACUCAACCAAUGGAAGGACGGUGGAGAACGGAGAGCAGAAAUCCAAGAAAAAGGACUCGAAAACACGAAAAGGAAGCAAAGAGGAGUCAGGCCAGUCGGCCAGCACGUCCUCCUCAGAGAAGGCAACCAGUCCCUCUCCCACAGACCGUGCUUCUGGGAGCUCACCUGUUGAGAGACCACCAGGAUCGGGCAAAAACUCUGUAGAUCGGACUCUUGACAACUGGAAGUACAGCACAGAUGUCAAACUCAGCUUGAAUAUCCUCCGGGCAGCCAUGCAGGGUGAGCGCAAGUUCAUCUUUGCUGGUUUGCUGCUCACAAGCCACCGGCACCAGUUUCAUGAAGAGAUGAUCAGCUUCUACCUGAGCAGUGCCCAAGAACGCUUCAGUGCCGAACAGGAACAGAAAAGAAAGGCUGAGACUGAGAAGAAGCCUCAGACUAACGGCGUGGCACUGAAGAAGCCCGAGCAGGAGAGUGUUUUCCAACGAGAGUGUUCAGAUAGCUCUCCGCCUGAAAGCUGCUCACCGGUGUUGCACCCUAGCCAUAAUCCUUCCCUUGGAUCUGUGAAGGUCCAAGAAAGGGGAAGCCCAAAGCUUGCUGCUUCCCCCAUCCCUAUACCAAUCACAGCCUCCAUCCCAGGAUCCUCCAUGUCCCCGGUCCCCUUUUCCUCCCCCAGUAAUGGUGCUAAGAGACCCGGACCAGUCCCUGUUUCAGCUCACUAUAGCCAUACGCCACCAAUCCAGAGGCACAGUGUCAUCCACCUCAGAGAUGUCAACGUGCAGUCAUCAAGCUACAAAGAUGAGUCCUACAAGCCAACGGUGGGCACACUCAAAACUUGUGCCACCUACCCACAGCAAAACCGCUCACUGUCCUCUCAGAGCUACAGCCCAGCCCGCAUGUCUGGCAUCCGCACAGUCAAUGCCGUGGAUACCCUCUCGUACAACAUGCCUGGGGAACACAAGUCCCACACUUACACCAACGGCUUCAACGCUGGCGACAUUCGGGACUGUUUAGAGUUUGCAGAUGAGGAUCCCGCGCCCCAUGCCUGGUUGGGGCAGGACAAAAUCAAAGGGCAGAGUGGUGUUUGCCCAAUGUACUGUUUUCAGCAGAAACGCUGCAGGAGGGAGAACUGCACCUUCUACGGCAGACCCGAGACGGAGAACUUCUGCUCUUAUUGUUAUAGAGAGGAGCUGAAACGCAGGGAACGAGAGUUGAAGGUGCAUCGACCUGGAUAGCCCUGCAAGCCCACACACAUAUAUAUCCACCUCGGAUGUGUGUGGAAAAAAACAACAACAACAGCAGCAACACCACCACCUUUUUUGCACUUUGCAAGUGAUACAAAGAACUGGCAUAACAUUUUCCUACUAUAUUUAAGAUCGGCCUCCUUGUAUUCUUGUUACUUUACUCUCAAUAGCGAACGAACACUGCUUUACGAUGACAGGAAGUGCAACCAGAAUCAGUUUACAGCUUUGGCCAGAGAUUGUGUUAUUGUUUGUCCUACGUCCGAUUGAAUUCAACCUUUUACUUGUUCUAGAGUAAAAGCUCUCGUAUUUUGCUCAGUCCGUGUUGUAAACCUUGUACCUUCGGAAAGAGGUGUAAAAGCAUAUGUCAGUCUCUAACGGGAGCUUCCCGAAUCAUGGAAGGGGAAAACUCUUGUUUUUGAGAUCAUUAUAACGCAAUACUUCACAGCAUAGCUCUUUGGAAUCGUAACGUUGAAUAACAUCAGUUUUUGCUGUGCGUUGCAAAUAAUUACCAAGGGAGGGAGAUGCACUGUUCAGCACGUGGAUUUUUUUGAAAGCAAUAAGUUUGGUAACAACCGCCACCCCUCCCCCCUUUUAUCUAUGCAUUCAUGACGUCAGCCAUAUUCUACUCUUUCCCCAUAUGAUUCUAAAGGGAAACUGAUAUGAUUAGUCUGCUGUACAGGGAUUAUUAUGGUGGAAAAAUAUUCAAUAUAUGGCAUAUCAAAGAUU